AUGAUGAUAGGAGGUUUCCUGGCCGCUUUUGCUAUCUGUUUUCUGGUUGUGCACUAUGUGAAGCUGCUAUGGAUCCGGCGGCGCUUUCCCUCUGGACCCAUGCCAUUGCCCCUCAUUGGGAGCCUGUGGAAGGUUGGCUGGAAGAUUCGCCAGGAUACGUUAAUGAAGCUCGCCAGCAGUUACGGAAAUGUUUUCACCAUAUGGAUAGGACACGUACCGCUGGUUGUAUUGUCCGGAUUCAAAACCGUGCAUAGUGGGCUGACUGACCAUUCUGAAGCAUUGUCGGGCCGACCAAUGACCCUAAUGAUUAAAGUUCUGGGAAAUGGAAAGGGUAUUAUGUUUUCCAAUGGCAAAACCUGGAAGCAGCAGAGACAAUUCGGACAUUCUAUUUUGCAGAAGAUGAUGCAGGGCAAGAAGGUUCUGGAACAUCAAAUAGAAGAGGAGGCCCAUCAGCUGGUGGAGGCCUUUGCACGUGAAAAGGGGCAGCCUCUGGACCCUUCGUUGCCCAUCCUGCAUUCGGUCUCCAAGGUGAUUUGUGCCUUGGCUUUUGGUCAACCUCAUUCCAUGGAAGAUGAAGUCUGUCGCAAGCUGACUGAACACAUCAAUAUUCUCAACAAAUUGGGGGGCAGUGUUGGAGAUAUUAUCUUUGAAAUCCUCCCUUCCUUUAUGAGACAUAUUAUUGAACCUAACAAGAAGGUGUUGUCCUCCUGUGAAGAUAUUCGUUCCUUUAUCAGGAAGGAAGUAGAAAAGCAUAAAAAGAAGGAGGCACUCCCAGAGUCACAGGGCUACAUUGACUACUAUUUGGCCAAGAUGGACAAAGAGAAAGCUGACCACACAUCUACAUUUGAUGAAGACAACCUGGUUCAAGCUCUUCUUGACUUGUUUGCUGCAGGCACAGACAUGAUAAGCACCACCCUAUUGUGGGCACUGCUCCUUAUGGUGGCUCAUCCUGAUAUUCAAGAGAAAGUCCAAAAAGAGCUAGGAAGUGAGCUGGGUUUCUCCAAAUCAAUCUGCUACGGAGACUGGAAGAAGGUGCCUUACACCUAUGCUGUGGUGCAUGAGAUCCAGCGCUUCAGCAACAUCGUCUUGUUUGGGCUCCCCAAACUGAGUGUAGACAAUAUGAACGUAUCUGGACAUUUCAUUCCAAAGGAGACCCUUGUUGUCCCAGAUCUGUGCUCUGUCCUUCUUGAUCCCAAGCACUGGGAGACACCUCAACAGUUUAACCCGAAUCACUUCUUGGAUAAGCAUGGGAAUUUUACAGCCAGAGAAGAAUUCCUCCCAUUUGGGGCAGGAAGCCGUGCAUGUUUGGCAGAACACAUAGCACGAGUUGAGCUCUUCGUUUUCUUUACCUCCCUCUUGAGAGCAUUUACCUUCCAGCUGCCAGAGGGAGUGAAGGAAGUCAACACAGAACCUGUUGUAGGGUCUGUCAUGCGUCCUCACCCGUAUAAGCUCUGUGCAGUUCCCCACUAG